UUUAUUUAUUGUAUCGGCGCAGCGCGCGUUUGCUAUCCAAGCUCAAAGACAAUUUUAUAAAUGUAAGUUGAUAAUCCAUAUAUGAACAAACUCAUAAACAGAUUUUCUACAAAAAUGUUGCGAAAAAAGUUAAAAUUAGAUGAACCAAGUGCAAGAGGUAACGAAUCAAUUGCAUCUACUGAUUUGGACAGUAUUUCAAAAACUUUCCUAGAAUUAGAAAUAAAUCUUAACGAGUCACUAAAACUACUCCAAUUUAAAUCCCCCGUAGAAUUCGUUUACCACCCUUUAGAUUACGCUUUAAAACCGCACACGGUAUACGUAAAUCGUUACUGCACAACUCAUAAGAAAGUAAUGUUUGUUGGCAUGAACCCUGGCCCGUGGGGUAUGUGUCAAACCGGUAUUCCCUUUGGUGAAAUAAGUGCCGUUAAAGAUUGGUUUAAAAUAAACGAAGAGGUUUCGAAACCAGAGCGAGAAUGUCCCGAAAGAGAGAUUACAGGCUUUGCGUGUAAACGGUCUGAGAUCAGUGGACAGCGCAUAUGGGGGUUGUUUAAGAAUCUUUGUGGUGUACCUGAGAACUUCUUUAAGUAUGCUUUUAUGUAUAACUACUGUCCGAUAGCAAUGAUGAAAAGAGGCGGUGCAAAUGUUACUCCUUCUGAAAUCAAGGGUGAUGCCCAACGGAAGUUGGAAGAAUUAUGCGACAAGGCUUUGUUUGAGGUUAUACAGCUGCUGAAAGUGGAAAUUGUUGUGGGUGUAGGAAAGUACGCAGAAACAAGAGCCCUUCAAGUUUUGAAGAAAUCCAAUCCAUUAAAUACAAGAGUGCUGUACCUUUUACAUCCGAGUCCUCGUGUUCCCAAUAAUAAAAAUUGGGUUGAAACCGCAGAGAAGCGGUUAAACGAUCUUAAACUUAUCUCUUACUUUGAAUAAUCGUACAAUGGUUGAGUUAACGGAUACUCAAAAGGAUUUUAUGAACACCGCAUUUAAAUUGGCUUACGAAGCUUUAGAAUUGCAAGAGGUGCCUGUUGGUUGCAUCUUUGUGCAUA